AUUUUAGCAGUCGAUGCACUUUGAAAAAGUUUCAGAAGAAUUAUAUUUUCGAUCGAAGUUAAAAUCUUCUAUUAACGUUUUGAGGUUAAAUAUUGUCAUUUGCCAAGUGAAAAAAAAGAAGAAGAAAUAAUGGAAAUUGAAAUGAAUAUCGGUAAAACUAUUGCAAAGAGUUAUGUUAGCGGAAGUGGCAAACAGUGUAAUAUAAUCACCGAUGUUGAACGGCGUACAUUUGGACUUGGCGAUGAUCAAAUUAAGGAUGCACUUGCUGGUAUUAAAGGAAAACGACCGUGUGAUGUUUUUGUUCGCAGUCCUACACCAUGGAAUGACCUAUAUGCACGUUAUGGUUGGGAUCAGGUUCAACGAAUCACAACGAUUUCUGAUGCUAAAGUUUUGGAUAUUAGUGUCGUUCCUGUACUUGUAAACGAAUCAAUUUUGGAGAAUAACAGUUCCUAUCGGGGAGAUUUUGGCACUGAUUUAUCAACAACUCUGAGAAAUUCGGUUUCAUCAAAUUGGAAUAAAAGUCAUGGUAUUUCGGUUGAACAAAAAAUCACAUAUGGAAUCUCAUUUAUGGUGAAAGGAGAGGGACAAACAUCAUUUAGCUAUUCUCACAAUUGGGGACAUGGUGGAAGUGAAUCGAAAACAUGUUCAUUAGGUACGAGUGGUAAUGUAAAAGUUUCUCUUGGACCAGGCGAGAAAGUUAUAGCACAGCUAGUUGCAAGCCGUGGACGUGCCAAAGUAGAGGUUGAUUAUCAUUCGUAUUUAACGGGUGGUGUUGCAUUAAACUAUAGUAGAGGACAUCACGGUCAUCACUUCUGGUGGGAGCCAAUCGAUUCAAUUAUGGAGCAGCUUGAUCGAGAAAAUUUCCACACAUCAAGAGAAAUAAUUAAUAUUGAAAUGUAUUCCAAUCUCAGAGUGAAUCUUAAAAAAUAAGACAAUUCAGCAAAUCUGUUUUUAUUCCCAAAAUAAUUAAUGAACACAAUUGCACAGAAUAAUUAAAUAUAGUAGAUACACAAUCAACAUUCAAAAGUUAACACAGAUAUAUGUAUUAUAUUUUGAGAAAAAUUACAUCUUCCCUUUAAAUAUGUUUAUAACAAUAUUCAAUUAUUAUUAUAUCGUUUUUAAUCGAUGUUUUUACAAUAUUCUAUAACAAGAAAUCUAUACAAAAACAUGAAAUGUUGUUAAAUUAUUAAUUAUCAGUUCAAAUUGAGCGAAAAAUAAGAUCGAUUUAAUUUAAAAUCUUGGCAUAGACCAUAUUUAUAAUAAAAAUGUCUCAUUCAAAAUUCGUUGUAUUAUUCCAAGCCAUAAUAAGAAAUUUUAAUUAAUUUUUGUUAACAGAACGCUAAUAAAUUCAAGAAUUCUUUUAUGAAAAUAAAAUCCCGUAUCAAAAUAACUGGGACUGAUUGGUUGAUUUUCGGAAUUUGAAAUCUAAAAAUUUUCAAUCAACUUUGACUUGAACACGUUUUGACAUGGAACAAAAAUGAAAAAUCUAGUCCCGUUAAGUCGUUUUAAUUCGAAAAAUUUCAAAUUAAUUUAAAUCGACUUAAAAUAACUGGAUUCCACUGGAUUUUUUUAUUUUUGUUCCAUUUCCAAUCGACUCAAAUCGACUAAAGUAAAAAAAAUCAAAUCGACGUAUUUCGGAAAUUUUUUGACACGGGAUAUUGAGAGUAAAAGUCAUGAAAAGAAAUGCUACAACGAUGUUACCUAUAUUACAUAUAAAUAGCUUAAAAGAAACAAUGAUUAAAAUGAACUUAACAGUCAUUGGUGACAAACUGAAAGAAAUAUAACCCUCUUCCUGAAUUUUUGUUACAAUAUCAACAAGUAUGUUUCAAACUCA